GCGCCGCCGUACAAAAUUAAAAAUAUGAAAGCAUGACUGUAAAGUGUUUCCUGCAUUAUAAAUAUGCCUUCAAACCUUUUAUUUUUUUUUUUUUGAGUGGUACAAGAAAGAAACAGAACGAGAAGGAAGUGUAAUGUAUCAUGAAAUCAUGUUGUAUAUGUAAUACUUAUUCUUUGCGAAGAAUUAGUACGUGUACGUUAACGUUAGUAGGUGAUAAGAGACCAGAAGUAAUAUGCAUUCGUCUCUAACCGCCCGUCUGGGAAUGCAAGAAUCCAUAGGAUAAUUGUAUGGACAAUGAAAUGAAGACAUGAAUAAAGGAAAACAGGCAACUCUAUUUCAAAGUUGGGGAUCGAAUGCAAAGAAGAAAACAAGCACAUGCACAUCUGGGUCAGCAGCAACAUCAAACCAGGUUGCGGAAGUCAUAGAUUUGAGUGAUAUUGAUGAUGAGGAUGAUGAACUUCUGGCCUGUGCAUUAAACGAGUCUCUGGGAGCUCAGGGCUGUCAAACAGAGAAUGAUGAUCAUGAAGAGGAAAAUCUUGGAAAUAUCUCUUUGGGAGCUGACUAUCUCUCAUCCACACAAGUUCAGUCCCAACUUGGACAGACAGGAUUUGAUAAAGUGGCCGGGAAGCUGUGGAUCUACCCGACAAAUUACCCAGUGCGGGAUUACCAGUACAACAUUGUACAGCAGGCCCUCUUCAAAAACACCAUGGUAACCCUUCCUACAGGCCUGGGAAAGACGUUUAUUGCAUCUGUUGUCAUGUUCAACUAUUACAGGUGGUAUCCACAAGGGAAAGUUGUGUUCAUGGCUCCAACCAAACCUCUUGUUGCACAACAGAUUGAGGCUUGUUAUAACAUCAUGGGAAUUCCCCAGGAGCACACAGCAGAAAUGACAGGGUCCAUGCCCCCUCAGGAGAGACGGCGUGCAUGGGAGGAGAAGAGAGUCUUCUUCCUUACCCCACAGGUCCUGACCAAUGACCUGUCCCGGGGUACCUGCCCCGCCCAGCAGGUCAAGUGUGUGGUGGUAGAUGAAGCUCACAAGGCCCUUGGGAAUCACGCGUAUUGUCAGGUGGUUCGUGAAUUGAUGAAUUAUUCAAUUGAGUUCAGAGUGCUGGCAUUGAGUGCUACACCAGGAUCUGACAUAAAAGCAGUACAACAAGUUCUGUCCAAUCUGCUGAUCUCCCACAUUGAGCUGAGGACUGAGGACUCCAUUGACAUCAAGCAGUACUCCUUUAACAGACAAGUGGACAAGAUCAUCGUUCCGUUCAGUCAGGAAUUAACAGAGGUCAAGAAUAGGUACAUCAAGAUAAUGGACGUGAUUGUCGGGAAGCUGAAAAGGUAUGGAGUUAUCUACAACAGGGAAGUGACCAGUCUCUCCAAGUUUGUGCUGCUCAAAUCCCGAGAGGCCUUCCGACAGAACCCGCCCCACAGGCUACCGAGGACUCAGUAUGGAAUGGUGGAGGGGGAUUUUGCCCUGGCCAUCUCUCUGUACCACGGAUAUGAACUGGUCCAAUUGCACGGGUUAAGGUCAUUGUACAAUUUCCUAGAUGGGGCCAUGAAAGGGGACAAAGGUCAUGGUCGCACAAAGACAGAGCUAAUGAAGAUUCCUGAUUUUGGUGACCUGAUAAAUAUGCUGCAUGAAAAGUUUGGGAAAAUGAAUGGACAAGAAAAUGCCCAGGCCAUAAAUUUGGGGCAUCCUAAGUUAGCCAAGUUAGAAGAGGUUGUUCUGGAUCAUUUUAAAUCUGUAGAAGAUAGCGGUAAGGAACAGAAUGAGCAGACCACAAGAAUCAUGAUUUUCUCACAGUACAGAGACAGUGUGGAGGAGAUCACCAACAUGCUGAGGCGACACGAACCCAAGGUCAAGGCCAUGAGUUUCAUAGGUCAAAGUUCAGCUGGCAAGGCCACCAAAGGGUUCACCCAGAAAGAGCAGCUGAAGGUUAUGAAGAAGUUCCGUGAGGGGCGCUACAACACCCUGGUGGCCACCUGCGUGGGGGAGGAGGGCCUGGACAUCGGGGAGGUGGAUCUGAUCAUUUGUUAUGACGCCAGCAAAAGUCCCAUCAGGCUGGUCCAGAGGAUGGGGCGGACAGGCAGGAAACGGCAGGGGCGGAUCGUGAUGCUGGUCACUCAGGGCAAGGAGGAACAGAUAUACAACCAAGGGAUAUACUCGAAGAAAAGCAUUCACAAGGCUAUUCUAAACAGUGCCAAAACUCUCCAGUUCUACCAAAGCAAUCCACGAAUGAUUCCGGAGGGUGUAGAACCGAAGAGUCAUAAGAUGUUCAUCAUGGUUAAGCAGGCUUUCAAACCCAACAAGGAAAUAAUCCUGGACUCCCAGCCUCCCCCAAAAUCCACCAAAUCCAAAACAUUGAAGACUUCGCGGGGUUCUGAUGGAGGACUGACUUUGGAUGAAUUAACUGAAGUUGAAGGUUUGAUGUCCAUGGGUAAACCUUUACCAAAGCCCCCAGGAUUCAUGGCUUUGGGUGAAGGCAGUGAGGACACAGAGGGGCCCCCUGACACGGAUGCACUGUCCUACAACAGCUGGAUGCCCUGGCAGAACAGCCUACAGUCCGAGCACCAGAUCUCUCACUCCAACAGAACCAGGCAUUUCGUGGAUGUUGUCAAGUUCAUUGAGCUUCAAAAUUGUGUAGAUGAGAACAGUUAUGAGGAAGAAAUGAGAUUGUAUUUGGACCCGGGGGACAUUAUCACUUCCAAGAAAAAGAAGCCAACUAUUCAGCAAUACUGCUCUGAGAAAAAUUCUUCCACAAUCCACGAGUCACGCAGGUCCAGAGUGAGGCGAAGUGAACAACUGCUUCAGUUUGAAUCCAUACAGGAAGAAAGUGAUGAUGAUCUGCCUCAAGUUCCAUUCCGGACAGCACAGAACUAUGAUGUGGAGAAAGAUGGGGGGAAAUAUCCUCAACCUAAGAAUGACAAGGAAAUGUGUGAGGCUGCUGAAGAGAUAAUUGGAAAUCAGAAAGAUGAAGAAAAUUUUCCUUCUGUUCUACUGAAUGAGGAUUUAGCAGAAGUGCAGGCUAAAAAUAGAAUAAGAAGAAGGUCAGAGGUCAAAGGGAAGAGGAAGUCAAGCUUAACAGGCAGAAACUCCCUGUUACCAAAUUCAAGAAAGAAGAGAAGUCUGCCAAGUGCUAAUUCCUCUGUUGUGUCCAUAAUAGCAGAUAAUGAUGAAAAUGACUUUGAAGGUGUAAACAUUUCUGAAAAUACCAUGAGUGAUACCAUUCAAUGUGAUACAUCCAAUAGUGCUAAGAAACCAUUAAAAACUAUCUUGGAAACCUAUGGUAAAGUUGUGAAUAAAAUUACUGCCUCCAACAGCAGUGUCUUACAGACUGUUCCAGAGAUCAUCUCUAUAGAUGACGAAAUGGAAGUGCAGGACAAUGUAGCAUCUGAUGCUGAAAAUAGAGGAGAUGAAGUUGACUGUUUCACUGAACCCAACAAUAAGUGUGAUGAGCCAGAUACACCCAUGUCUCCUGUAUCUACGGACAGUGAAGCAUUUAGUAUUCCAGAGGCACCCUCUAUGGAUGAUUUGGAAGAUCUGAUUCAUUCCUUGGGAGAUGCACCAAUAUUUUCAGUGGAUUUGUUAAGAAUUGUCAAUGAAUGGGAGAAUCGGUACCUUCCAUCAAAAAUUGUUAAUGAUAUAGAACAGUGUAAAGUCAGUUCGAGAUUUCGGAGUGAUAUUAAGUGUUUUAACACUGGGACAAGUGAUAGUGCGAGAGAGAAUGUGAUAACAAACGAUGAUUUUAGUAAAAGCAGGGAUGCUGAUGAGAAUUUUAGCAGUGAUGGAGAAAAGAGACAACCUGUAGAAAGUAACCAAAGUGAAGAAAAUGAUGAUUUACUGACUGAAAGAAAAUUGGAAAAUGGAGCUUCUAAUGUGAUUUCUGAAAUGGAAGUUCACCAGGAAAAUGAACCAGUGGUUAAUCAGUUAACUUGUGUAGGAAAUGUUCAUAUUGAAUCUGAUGUUGAUGUACGGACUCCAGAUAAUGGAGAAGAGAGGGAAGGCUCCACAGAGGAAAAACUUAAUUUUUCUGACAGUGACAGUUUUUUGGACUCUCAGCCAAAUUUUGAUCUGAGUUUCUUUGAAGCAAUGGAAGAUCAAACAAAAACAUCGAAUGCAGAGCAGACAACAAGUGAUCUUGAAGUGAAACCUGCCUCUACCAUAGCAGAGGAUGAAACAUGUGAUAAAAUAGAAACAACAAUGAACACUUCAAAAAAACCUAGCUUAAAACUUACAGACCUUAACACAUAUUUUGAAGAUUCAUUUAUCGAUAAUGACCUUUCAGAUGCUGUGCCAUUCCAAAGUGAAUCAAAAAAUCUUUCACCAGAGAGUGCUUCUGGCACAAACAACCAAUCAAAAGGGACCUUACUUAAAAAACCUCCAUUAUCCAUUGAAAGCAGUGCUGUUAAAAGACUUUCUGGUAAAGAUGAUGAGUUUACUUUUACUCAAGCAAUGGCUGUUGUACAUGAUAGUGAUGAUAUUUUACAAACAUCAGACUCCAACUCAGAAGGUUUUUCAGUAGAACCCACUGAAGAUCAUGCUGGAAAAGUAACACAAAGUAAAAGUUAUUCUAAUGAGACACAGGGUGGAGGUCACAGAAAUGUUACCAGUGAAACAGAAGAUAAUGAAUGUGGUUCAGACUUCACCAAACUACAAACAAAGUCAGAGAGAGCUGUGGCAUCAUUCAGCAGUUCAGAAGAAGAAGAAGAUUUGAGUGCCCUAGCACAAUUUGACUUAGGCUUUGAAUUGGAUGAUGUGAUUCCACCGUCGCCAUGUGUAAGCCAGAAUCAGUCACAAGUGACCUUCUCCAGGUGUCAUAGCCAAAGUAUUCUGAAAAGCCGAAAGUCUUUGGCAAUAACUUACCAAAUGUCAAAGAGUCAGGAGUCUAAACCCUCAGACUCAUCUCAGAAAGAGGGUCAGUGUUUACCUGAGAAAGAGAAUACAGAUUUACAGAAGGAAUUGAAAAGCAUCAAAGAGGACUCUGAAAAUGAGAUGCAUUCACCUCAGCAAAAUAAUUUUUCUUUUGAUUUGACUGAAGAAUUUGAACUAUCUCCAGUAUCAUCAGGCAAAAGAUCUAUCAGCCCAAAAUAUUUAACGCAAGAGAAGCAAGACUGUUAUCAAAGCCCAGUAAAGACUGCAUCACCAGAAGUUUCACCAUGCGCUAUCAGUGAUAGAGCACUUGUGGACAGUUUCUCAUCUGAUGAUGAAGUGGUAGCAGUGAAGAGAAAAAGGAAAGCAGUCAUAUUAGAUUCUCCAUCCACACCUUUAACCCAAAAACAGGUUGUUGAUGAUGACUUUGAAACUCCUGCAAAACCAGCUGUGAAUUUACAGGCUGCUCCUAUAAUUGUGAAUGACGAGGAUUUUAUUACUCCUGUCAAAUCUAGUCUUAAAAAACCUAAUUUUGACUCAAGUGGUAAGAAAAUUACGGAGAAGAAAGAUAGCAAAAGCAAACAUGGCGUAUCAUUUGCUUUACCACCUGAUUUUAGUGAUGAAGAUGAUUUUGAGGUAGAUGUGACCGCUUUAAAGAAAUCUGUCCUCAGUAAAUGUAAAAGUAAAAGAGGUCAAAAUCAUAAUGUGAAAUCUGACAGUAACUCCAAAGCAAGAAAAUCCAUGUCUCCCUUAGCAGCAGAAUUUUUGGAGGAUGAAGCUGAAGUAUCUGAUGAAGAUGAUGAAUAUUCUGGUGAUGAAGAGGAAGGCAGUGACCUUGAUCGCUAUGACGACAGCUUCAUUGGAGAUGCAACACAACUCUCCCAGAGAUCAGCCGAUGAUAUGAAGGCCAUUUAUCUCAAGUCUGUAAAAAGUCCACCAGUGAGGGGACGGUUCAAACUGUCGCAUCGCCAUUACAGCAGGGACGUGUAUUCCCAGCCUCCACCUGAGGAGGAGUCCCAGUAUCUGGAAGACAGCUUUGUAGUGGAUGAAGAAGAAGAUGAAGAAGACGAUGGAUUAAUGUUAGACACGAGCAACGAUGAAGUAACGAUGAUGGAUCUAUCGGAUUACUCUUGUGUUGGGAGAAGAACUCGUUGGUCCAAACCUGUGAAAAGAACUGUUACCACGAAGCAGAAGAGCAAAGGAGACGGCUCUAAAAGACGAAGAAUUAAAGUGAUGGAAGACUCGUCUAGUGAAGAUGAUGCAAAGAAUUUGUCCUUUGAAGCAGUGGAUUCUGCUCACGUAAAAAGGAAGCCAAGGAAAGCAUUGUUAUCUUCUAGCAGCGAAGGCGAGGUAGAAGUGCUGCCAACAAAGGAUGAAACACAAAUUUAUGGGAAAGAAAACUUGACCAUCCUAAGAGAAUCAGCAAAGCAAAGUUCAAAUCAAUUCAGCAACCAAAAUGUUAAUUCUAAUGUAUGUCGACCUAACAUGAAAACCUCUCCAUCGCUCAAUGCAACGAUGACAAAUCAGAAAAAUUCUAUUCAAGAGCAACAGCGUCUAGAACGUUUGCAGAAACAAAAAGAAAAACAGGAGGAAUUCCGACGAAGAUUAGCAGAGAAAAAGGCAUUGGAUACGAAAGAACCAGAAGGCGUUCGUGGAGGUCGUAGGAGCAUUGUGAGUUCUACUGGUUUGAUAAUGGACAGCUCAUCUUCAGCGUUGAACACUGACGAGAAGCAUGUUAUACUAGUGGAUUCGCGAGAAAUAAAUGGGUGUCAAGACAUUAUAUCAGAGCUGAGAUUUAAGUACGGAAUAACGGUUCAGACUGCUCAGCUGGGUAACUGUGAUUAUAUCGUUAGUAAUCGUAUGGGGGUUGAUAGGCAGCAGUGGUCGGAAUUCACCAACGGGUCGCGUAAAGACAAACUCGUAGAGAGAGUUACCGCUCUUUGCGACUUGUUCGACAAACCCGCGCUUAUAAUCGAGCGAGACAAUGUAAAGGCAGACGACAAAAAUUCGUCCAAACCCUUACAUUGGACAAAGUACGUGGAAAAGACCUUAGUGCACUUGUUGCGGUCAAAAGUGACCUUGUUUUUCACGGACAAUCAAAAAGACACGGCGCGUGUGCUCUCAGAAAUAUGUCGUCUGGAAGCCAGGAAAAAGGCGGGCAUCGCGGCCCCCACUGAUCUCGACGAUUCCUCUCAAGCUGAGCUGCGAUUCUAUGCUUCGAUACCAGGCCUGUCGUAUAUCAAUGCUCUAAAUCUCUGUCAUAAUUAUAAGUCGAUCCGGGGAUUUAUUGACAGUGAUACGGCUCUAAUCAUGACCAAGGGUUGCCUGUCCAAAGAGCGGGCCUCUCGAAUAAUGGACUACCUACAGAGGAAAUUUGAUCCCCAAAUGCUCCCUUCAGGCAGGUGACGGGAGUUUAUGUAUUUGUUUUUAUUUAUUGCAAAUCAAAUAAAUCACCGGUUAUCUCC